AGCAUGAGCCGCGUCCAGCUGCGGUUGUCCGCCACGUUGAACUUUGGUUCUGAACCGCGGAACAGGUGCACACAGCGAACUAUCAUCAACACCAAGAAAUUUCCAUGCCUGGGACGGCACUGACCAGUCAAUUGCUUCUUGUCCAUCUUCUCUUUAUACAUCCCUCCAGCCACGAGAUUCAUCAGCCAUCUCAGACCGUCCAUUCUCAUACCGCCGGCUUGUCGCCUCCAAAACGAAACAUCAUCCAUGCUUCAACAGCAUUGCAUCCUAGCCGCUCGCCUCCCCUCCAAGAACCGAGCCGCCCACGUCCCACGCAAAAUGGAUCGUGUAUCACCACUUAUCGUCUAUGUACCACCGCACCAAAGGCGGCAUUUUGGUUUCCGUCAACCCUAGUUUUGUAUACAGUUUAUAUGUCCCCCGGACUUUGCUGUCUGCCAGAGAAAAACUCGCUUAGGAAUGCAGCACGCCGCCGUCACAAGUAAACGCCGAGAGCCAUGCAGUUUGUGAAAAUGGGUAUUAAAAUAGGAUAUUGAUCGUCAAGGAGA